AUGUGUGAAUACUACCGAAAUUGAUAUAAAAAAAGCAUGUCAGAUAAACAAACCAAUACAUGGUGUUGAACAGCUACAUGCAAUAACCCAAAACAUGUCUCCUUGUGCCUCUGGAUUAUCAUCUAUGAAUUCGGUAGACCAACUGAGAAAACAAAUUUUCCUUCUGAAAUUACGAAUAGAUAGAAGAAAUAUCAAAAUAUCAAAAGCCUCAGAAUCGUUUCUGGCGUAUUAUGAGCAAUAUUUAGAUUAUGACAGUUUCUUUGUGGCACCAGAGUAUCCUAAUCCAUGGAUAUCUGACAGUACCGAAUUAUGGGAACAAGAAAAAAUGGCAAAAGACAUAUCAGCCCGAAGAGUUAAGCGUUGGGCAUUUAGCUUAAAAGAGUUACUGCAAGAUUGCGUUGGAAGAGAGCAUUUUAUCCGAUUUCUUGAAAAAGAGUUCAGCGGUGAAAAUUUGAGGUAAAAUAGUUUAUUAAUGUGUUUGUAGAAUUCUGUGAAUUCAUAUAAUGCAACAAGAGUUAUCAAGAGAACAAAUAUUUCUAAUCACUCAUGGCCGGAAGCCGAAUAGAAACUAUGGUUAUCCGGGCUAGAUAGCCGUGAUCUCGUCCAUAACUUGAUAUACUCGGUAAUAAUACCCUAUGCUGUGUGUCAAUGAUAUUUAUAGAGAGGGGUAUCGCGGAGGACUCCUCUGAUUGACUCGGGUUGUGUUGGGUUUAGUCGGACAUAGGUAGAAAACCAUAUACCAUGUUUUGUCGAUUCUCGUAAUUUCCUCUUCUCUGUUGAAGUUGUUAUGAUGUUUGUGAAUUUCUAUGACUUCUGGGUUUAGACGCAGAUAUUGCUGGCGUGUGUUGAGUAGCACGUCUGUUUUAUCAAAAGAGUGAUACGAUUUGAUGGAACAGACAUGCGUCACACUACACGCCGCUAUUACACGCGUCUGAACCAAGAAGCUAUAGAGUUUCACAAAUAUCGAAAUAACUUUGAUCAAAAAGAAGAAAUCAUAAGAAUCGAUAAAACACGGUAUCUAGCUCAAAGCAAUUAUGUUGUGCUUCCAGCAGUGGUAGAAGCACCAGUAAUGAGUGAAACACACAUUGGAUGACUCUGACUACUUAAACUCAACACUAAUAAAAGUUAUUCGUAUGUUA